ACGCUCCGACUGACUGAGCUGGCCUGCUUGCCUGCCUAGCUAGCACACCACCGAAGCCUAGUCGCUGGUCGCAGCUGCUGCGCGGCGUCCAUCGUGUCCUCGUCGUCUUCCUCUCUCCAAACCGGAAGACCUCUCGCGCCACGCCAUACCCCUACUACUUUACCCUCUCCUGCCGCUCUACUCCAGAUCUCGAGGUCCACCGCGCGGGUCCGCUUGCCGUCCGAGAGGUUUCACUUUAUGCCACUUUGUGUGACUGUGGACAAUGGAGUGAUUGCUGCCCUCUUUCUGUGAGUCACCAUGGGAAGCAGUGAAGCAGAGACACCUGCUAAGGCAAACAAGGCAUCUGCACCUCAGGAGCAGCAGCCACCUGCUACUUCGAGUAUUGCAACACCGACAGUUUACCCAGAUUGGACCAGCUUUCAGGGAUAUCCUCCAAUUCCACCACAUGGGUUCUUUCCCUCUCCUGUGGUGUCAAACCCACAGGGUCAUCCAUACAUGUGGGGACCUCAGCCUAUGAUGCCACCAUAUGGGACUCCACCAUAUGUCAUAUACCCUCCUGGAGGAAUUUAUGCUCACCCAUCAAUGCGACCGGGUGCACACCCAUUUGCUCCCUAUACCAUGACUUCUCCAAACGGCAAUCCUGAUGCUGCUGGAACUACCACCACUGCUGCUACUGCUGGUGGUGAAACAAAUGGCAAAUCCUCUGAAGGAAAAGAAAAAAGUCCCAUUAAAAGAUCCAAAGGAAGUUUGGGUAGCUUGAACAUGAUUACAGGGAAAAACUGUGUCGAACAUGGUAAGACCUCAGGGGCAUCAGUCAAUGGAACCAUCUCUCAAAGUGGGGAAAGUGGAAGUGAAAGUUCAAGUGAGGGAAGUGAAGCGAAUUCUCAGAAUGAUUCACAACACAAGGAAAGUGGACAAGAACAAGAUGGAGAUGUCCGAAGUUCCCAGAAUGGUGUAUCACCUUCACCAUCCCAGGCGCAGUUGAAGCAAACUUUGGCAAUUAUGCAAAUGCCAUCAAGUGGUCCAGUGCCUGGCCCAACAACAAACUUGAACAUAGGAAUGGACUACUGGGCAAAUACAGCAAGCUCCUCUCCUGCAUUGCAUGGUAAAGUGACCCCAACUGCAAUUCCAGGGGCUGUGGCCCCAACAGAGCCGUGGAUGCAGGAUGAACGUGAACUGAAAAGGCAGAAAAGAAAGCAGUCAAACAGGGAUUCUGCUCGCAGAUCUAGGCUGCGCAAGCAGGCUGAAUGUGAGGAGUUGGCUCAGCGCGCUGAAGUAUUGAAACAGGAAAAUGCUUCACUUAAAGAUGAAGUGAGCCGGAUCAGAAAGGAGUACGAUGAACUUCUGUCAAAGAAUAGCUCACUGAAGGAUAACGUUGGAGACAAACAACACAAAACUGAUGAGGCAGGACUUGACAAUAAGCUGCAACAUUCUGGCGAUGACAGCCAGAAGGACACUAAUUGAGCUAUCAUGCAAUGCUAUCAGAUCAUAGCCCUAACUAGAUUGUUGCUGGCGCAGUUGUAGUAUGCGUAUUGACUCCGUACUUAUUGCAUUUAAUUAUUACCAGGUCGUGGUAAAUCUUAAUGCCAGCCUCGUGUGCUGGUUCCUGUUUCACACAUGUCUUGGCUUAUCUUUUAGAAGUCAAGAUGUGACUGAAAAUGUAGGUUGUGAACCAGUUCACUGUAUCUGCUAGAAAUUGUUGGUACUUUCAACUUUACAGAUCUGUAUUGCUGAUUGUUAUUGUUAUGUAUACCUGAAGAAAUAUCAGUCUUUUAAUUGUCAGGUUGCCGUUUGGCUAGGCUUGACUGGUGCAUAGGUUAUGUUAAAUAUGAAUGCAUCAAUCUUUCUCACACAUUUGAUAUGAUAUAGUGAACAAAUGGAGGACUUCUGCUUUGCCGAGUGUCUCAAACGUUGUAACUAUCAGAGACUAUCUUUUUUUGUUUCAAUUUUUUAGUUUUGCUUCUUUCAAUUCACCUGAGUUGUGCUGUGGGUAUGCUAAAUUUUGGAGUGGUGAUCAGAAUAUUCGUUUCAAGCUCAUAAACUGCUUUGCCAUAUGCACUGUUGGUAAAAAAAAAAUGUGUUCUUAAUUCUCACUGAUAACAAUUUGUUUUGACCUUUAUGUGUUGGGAGUAGUAUUUAGCUCAAAUUUUGUGAUUGCCAUGAUCCACAUAAAAUGUUUACCAUUCGGCACCUCUCCUUAACAGUUGUAUUCAGUUUGUGUGCAGGAAUGAAGUUCUAGGAACAUGAUGGAAAUUUCUCUCAUGGAAUAAGCUGUGCUUAGCAUAGGUAUGUCUGCCCUACAAGGAAAUAGUUUAUUUGGGAGUUCUGUUUGUAUAAGUUGUCAAUUAUGAUCUCUUGACUAAUGUUUUAUUGCAAGUGUCUCGUAUAGUACUCCAGAAAGAGUUCUUUUAUCCAUAACAAGCCAAAACGCUAGUAGGUUGAACUAGUCGUUGGGGAAAGGAGACAUCUGUUGAGCAUGGAUCUGCCCCUGGAUCCUAGAAAAUGGAGAACAUCAAAACUAUCAUCAAGGUAGUACAAGAUGAUCGAGGUUGUAAUGCACAACUGUCUGAGUUCUGUGGGCAUUCUGCUGAUUCCAGAGUAGGACUUCUGGCAGAACCCUCACGCUGCGAGAUGUUUGCAGCAGAAGCUGCUUCUAGUGCUAUAGUUUUUUUUUUGACGAGUGCUAUAGUUGUUGGAGCUGUGUAGGAGGGGUAUGCUGAACUAUUCCUCUUCGUGUCACUGUUGGCCUUAAAAGUCCAUCUAUUCCGUGGCACCUCAAGUUCCUCAGCGGCAGAUUUCUGGACUGGUGAGCUCAAUGUUGUUCAAGUAAAGCUUCUGGUGCUCCCUGUUGGUUACUGUGAUCA